CGUUCCAAGCCAAACGCAGUCAUGUCUGGCCGCGGCAAGGGCGGGAAGGGCCUGGGCAAAGGCGGCGCCAAGCGCCACCGCAAGGUGCUGCGCGACAACAUCCAGGGCAUCACCAAGCCCGCCAUCCGCCGCCUGGCCCGGCGCGGAGGCGUGAAGCGCAUCUCCGGCCUCAUCUACGAGGAGACCCGCGGGGUGCUGAAGGUGUUCCUGGAGAACGUGAUCCGCGACGCCGUCACCUACACGGAGCACGCCAAGCGCAAGACGGUCACCGCCAUGGACGUGGUCUACGCGCUCAAGCGCCAGGGCCGCACGCUCUACGGCUUCGGCGGCUAAAGCCUUUGUCCGCGCUUUUCCAUUGUUUCAAAAGGUCCUUUUCAGGGCCACCCACGUAUGCACGAAAAGAGUUGUCCACGAUUUAGUUUUAAGUGCUUAGUAGUUAACGUAGCUUGUUGAACGUUUUACGCUAUAGUUCGGUGGUAGAAUCACAACUUACUUUCUAUAUAAUAUACCACGCAGCAGUAUUAUAAAAAUGCAGGGUUUUAGAGGAGGUUGCGUCUGACAGAAACGAGGAGGAGCUGGGGAGGCUGGCGGUGUGGGCAGGUGGUCACAGCAGAGGUUGCUAGGACCCGUGUUUGGGUCUGGUAGGACCGCGUGUGUGCCAUCGCCCUCAAGUCCUGAACUGUGCGAUUUGUGUGUGAAGUCUGUGAAUGCUGGGCGCACGGCUUUAGAAUGCUGGGCGCCUUAAAGUCCUUGCCUGCCGUCUGUUGAGUGAAGCCAGUUCCCCGCUGUCACCGUGUGAAGACGUUAAGGCAGCCCAUUUCAAGGUGCUGACCAUGUAAGAGCUCGCUGCCUUGCCAGGAACUCCUAAACAUUCAACUCAAGAAAAGUGGAUAUAACCUCUCGCUUACGUCCUGAACGUCUGGAUUCAUCGUGGUGCUUCGAAAGCACAGACACCGCUUAAUGACAUUUUACAGGGCAAAUUUAAGAACAGUAUUUGGUCAGAAGUGGCUGCUACUACUGAGCUCAACAAUUACCUCCUUCUUUGGUAUGGUGGUGUCUCCAGAAUGAAAGACAUUCAUUGUGUGCUUCAACGGUAACCUUUUGGUGUAAAAGCACUAAUAAACAACCAAAUUUGGAGGCCACGCCUAGGGACCUCAGAAUGUUGGGGUUUUGAAGACAGGUUGACCUGAAGUGACUGCCCGCCUCUACCUUUCCUUCAGAGUGUUUUUGCCACUUAAUAAUUAUGUUAAACGGCUCUUAAAAAGAGCUUUUGGGUUUUCUUGAAAACUGGCUUUGAAACUCACUUCCUCGCUGCUGCCUUCCUCAGCUCGGUCUUCUGGAAGACCAUCUUUGCCUUCCCAGCGUUGGGUUGGCUGCCCUCGCCUUAGCAGGACUUUUCCGCUGCUGCUCCCGGAUGCUUCUCUGGGCGUGGCCUUUGGCUUCUUGACACCCUCGGUCUUACUGCUCCUAAGGGAUCUCGAGGCCCUAGACAA